GUGUUUUCUGUCGCGGCCACGAUGAGCGACGGUGACGCAGCAACAUCCAAACUGGUAUCGGUGGAUUUUGAGAUCUUCGGUUAUGUUCAGGGAGUGUGUUUCAGAAUGUACACAGAGAGGGAGGGUCUGCGUCUGGGUCUGGUCGGCUGGGUGAAGAACACCUACAGCGGCUCGGUGGUGGGUCAGGUCCAGGGUCCGGCUGAGCAGGUGAAGGAGAUGAAGGUGUGGCUGAGCAAAGAGGGGAGUCCGUCCAGCCGGAUCACCAGAGCCUCCUUCACCAACGAGCGAGCCAUCGAGCGGCUGGAGCUGUCGGGCUUCAGCACGCGCUUCUGACCGGCCAAUCAGACGCAGCCGCCGAGCCACCUGGGGGCGCUGCUCCGACGCUCACCUGAACUCACGACGACGACAGCAGAAUCCGCUUUCAGGGCUCAACAAGAAUCCUGCACAUUAGCUAUUAAUUCCUAUUAUUAGAAAAUUACUGGAUUAUAAUUUUGAUAAUUAAUGAUAAGUAAAGUCAGAUUACUUGACUCGGGUUUUCCAGACGGUUUCUCUUUCUGUUGGUGUGUUCAGGGACUGACUGGCUGGGAUCUGAUCACUCAAACCUAAAAAGGCUGUAAAACCCAACCAGUUCAUUCAAUUUAAAGAAAUAUUUGAGUCUGAUGACAUAAAAAAAUUAAGUAGAAUUAACUGCUUUCAUUUAAGUACUUUUUACAUAGGAUGUUUGUUUUCAGUGUGAUUAACUGAUGUAAUUAGAUUUAUUAAAUUGAACAUUAAAUGGUGACUGUAAGUGCACUUAUUAUUUUAAAGUUUCACAAAGAUGAGUACACAUAUUCUCCCUCCCUGUAA